AUGUCCCUUAUAACUAGAAACGUAUUUCGUACUCUAGUACAGGGAUCACAACAUGUCUCUAAAGGACUGCACACCACUGCGGUAAAUGCUGACAAAAACGUAUGUUUCGCGCCUUUAUCAAUCAGCACCCUGCAAGCCAGCAAGGAGGGUCGCAUUAAAUGCACACUCAUCCCUGGAGAUGGUGUCGGACCCGAGUUGGUAUACUCUGUUCAGGAAGUCUUUAAGGCGGCCAACAUUCCUGUGGACUUUGAAUCCUUCUUCUUCUCAGAAGUGAACCCAACUUUAAGUGCACCACUUGAAGAUGUUGUCAACUCUAUUGCUAAGAACAAGAUCUGUAUUAAGGGUAUCCUGGCAACACCAGAUUUCUCCCACACUGGCGAGCUACAAACGCUCAACAUGAAGCUGCGUAACGCUUUGGACCUUUACGCUAAUGUAGUCCACGUCAAGUCAUUGCCCAAUGUCAACUGCAGGCACAAGGACGUUGACUGCAUUAUCAUCCGAGAGCAGACAGAAGGAGAAUACUCAGCCCUUGAACAUGAAUCUGUUCCUGGUGUUGUGGAGUGUUUAAAGAUCAUAACAGCUGCUAAGUCAGAACGUAUAGCUAAGUUUGCUUUUGACUACGCCGUAAAGAUGGGUAGGAAGAAGGUCACAGCCGUCCACAAAGCCAAUAUCAUGAAACUGGGCGAUGGACUGUUCUUGAGGAGUUGCGAGGAGAUUGGAAAGCUGUACCCGCGCAUUCAAUUCGAGAAGAUGAUCGUUGACAACUGCACCAUGCAGAUGGUGUCGAACCCCAACCAGUUUGACGUGAUGGUAACGCCGAAUCUGUAUGGCAACAUUGUGGAUAAUCUUGCUAGUGGGCUUGUUGGUGGAGCUGGUGUUGUUGCUGGUGCUUCAUACAGUGCGGAGUGUGCUGUCUUUGAACAGGGUGCUCGUCACAUCUUCUCCGGUGCCGUGGGCAAGAACAUCGCCAACCCGACCGCAAUGCUGUUGUGCUCAGCCAAUCUAUUGGCACACGUCAACCUUCACUCCUACUCCAAAAUGAUUAAAGGCGCUAUUAACAAGGUGCUGUCAGACGGAAAAGUGCGAACCAAGGACUUAGGUGGUCAAUCCACUACCAAAGAUUUCACCAAUGCCAUCAUCCACUGUCUUACAUAA